CUGUCCUCGCAAGUAACAGUAGGAAGUGACACGGGGCCUAUAGUCCAGAGACCCGACUUGUGUGAUCAUUUCACGGAGGAGAUGACCGCCGGGUUUUGCUGUGGCACAUGGAACAAGCUAUCCACUCCAGGGUCAAGCCCGUCCAGCUGAAAGGAGAGCACCAUUCCAACAUUUUUUGCUUGGCUUUCAACAGUGGGAACACCAAAGUAUUUUCUGGAGGAAAUGAUGAGCAAGUUAUCCUCCAUGAUGUUGAAAGCAGUGAGACCUUGGAUGUGUUUGCUCAUGAAGAUGCAGUAUAUGGCUUGUCGGUCAGCCCAGUAAAUGACAACAUUUUUGCCAGCUCUUCAGAUGAUGGCCGGGUUCUCAUUUGGGACAUCCGGGAGUCUCCUCAUGGAGAGCCCUUCUGCUUGGCAAACUAUCCUUCAGCCUUUCACAGUGUCAUGUUUAACCCUGUGGAGCCCAGGUUAUUGGCCACGGCCAAUUCAAAGGAAGGAGUAGGACUUUGGGAUAUUCGAAAACCUCAGAGUUCUCUCUUGCGCUAUGGUGGCAAUCUGUCCCUCCAAAGUGCCAUGAGUGUGCGAUUCAACAGCAAUGGGACCCAACUCCUGGCCCUGAGGCGUCGUCUGCCCCCUGUGCUGUAUGAUAUCCACUCCCGCCUGCCUGUGUUCCAGUUUGACAAUCAGGGUUACUUCAAUUCAUGCACGAUGAAAAGCUGCUGUUUCGCAGGGGAUCGCGACCAAUAUAUCCUUUCAGGCUCUGAUGACUUCAACCUGUACAUGUGGAGAAUCCCUGCAGAUCCAGAAGCAGGUGGCAUUGGCAGGGUGGUCAAUGGAGCCUUCAUGGUGCUGAAAGGGCAUCGAUCUAUUGUUAACCAGGUUCGAUUUAAUCCCCACACCUACAUGAUCUGCUCUUCUGGUGUAGAAAAGAUUAUCAAGAUCUGGAGCCCAUACAAGCAGCCGGGGUGUACUGGAGACCUCGAUGGCCGCAUUGAGGAUGAUUCCCGUUGCCUGUACACCCACGAAGAGUACAUCAGCCUGGUGCUGAACAGUGGGAGUGGCCUGUCCCACGACUAUGCCAACCAGUCCGUCCAGGAGGACCCCCGGAUGAUGGCCUUCUUUGACUCCCUGGUCCGCCGGGAGAUCGAGGGCUGGAGCUCGGACUCGGACAGUGACCUCAGCGAAAGCACUAUCCUCCAAUUACAUGCAGGGGUCAGCGAGCGCUCGGGCUAUACUGACUCAGAGUCCUCAGCCUCGCUGCCCCACUCCCCACCCCCCACUGUGGACGAGUCGGCUGACAGCGCCUUCCACCUGGGACCCCUGCGGGUCACCGCCACUCCUGGAGCAGCAUCUGCCCCGCCGGCACCUGCCUGUGAAGACGCAGCCUCUCGCCAGCAGCGCCUCUCAGCUCUGCGGCGUUACCAGGACAAACGCCUCCUGGCCCUGUCCAACGAGUCAGAUUCGGAGGAGAACGCCUGUGAGGUCGAGCUGGAUACAGACCUCUUUCCCCGUCCUCGCUCCCCCAGCCCUGAGGAUGAGUCCAGCAGCUCCAGCAGCUCCAGCAGCUCAGAGGACGAGGAGGAGCUGAAUGAGCGCCGAGCCUCCACCCGGCAGCGGAACGCUGCACGGAGGAGGCAGAAGUCACUUCGGGAGGAGAGGCCCGGUGCCCCUGCCAAGCCCACCAGCACCUACAUUGGCGAGGACAACUGCGACUACCCGCAGAUCAGAGUGGACGACCUCUCCUCCUCCCCAGCCUCCUCCCCAGAGCGGAGCACUUCCGCCCUGGAGAUGCAGCCCAGCCGGGCAUCACCAACCUCGGACAUAGAAUCAGUUGAGCGAAAGAUUUAUAAAGCUUACAAAUGGCUCCGUUACUCCUACAUCUCCUACUCAAAUAACAAAGAUGGAGAAACCUCCCUAGUGGCAGGGGAGGCGGAUGAAGGGAGAGCAGGAACCAGCCACAAGGACAGUCCUGCCCCUUCUUCUAGUAGAGAAACCUCUCUGAGCACAGCCUUGGCCCAGAGGAACCAGGACCCGCCCCCGGAAGGCUGCAGCAAAGAUGUGUGUAAAGAAGGGACAUCCACUAGAAGUCCCGCCAGUGGCCCAGGCCACGAGCACAGCAGCCACCCUCGGGCAGAGGCACCGGAGGGCCCCUCUCAGGACACUAACAAUGGGGGCUCUGUAGAAUACUCUUUUGAAACCAAGAAGCUCAACGGAAAGGCCCUGAGCAAGGCCUUGAGCAGCCGGGCUGAAGAGCCACCCUCUCCCCCUGUCCCCAAGGCCUCUGGCUCCGCUCUCGGCAGUGGCCCUGGCAACUGUUCUAGGACCCAGUCGGAUGACAGUGAGGAGAGGAGCCUGGAAACCAUCUGUGCCAACCACAACAAUGGAUGCUUACACCCCCGGCCCCCUCACCCCCACAACAAUGGGCAGAACUUCGGAGAGCUGGCGGCAGUAGCCUGCUCUUCCCCAGGACACUCUGGCGUUGACCUUGAUAACUCGCCCCUGCCGGGGACUCUCGUACAAAAAGAUUGUUGUGGGUCCGGAAUGGCCUGUGAGACCCCCAGUGCUGGAACAAGAGAGGACCCCACUGACACCUCAGCCACAGACAGCAGCAGGGCUGUUCAUGGCCACAGUGGCCUCAAAAGGCACCGAGUUGAGUUAGAAGACACAGAUUCAGAGAAUUGCUCCUCAGAGAAGAAACUAAAAACAUGAUAAAUACAAAGGGAAAACAAAGCUACAAAAAGUAGCUUUACAAAAAAUAUUCUUGUUUAGUGAAUACAGCAGAGAGGAAAAAGUAUUAAAGGCGCAUAAAACCAGGGCCUGAAGUUGUGUGUCUGCUGCUGCUCCCUUCUGUUCAAUCUCAGCCAGGGUCUGAAGGUCCUGCUGGCCAUCGAUCUGUGUCAUGCUAAGAAAGGGGAAAGGCCCGGUCACUCCCUUCUAGAGAGACAGGAGCAUAGUGCACCUGCGCAGGGGUCACUGAAAGUCCUGUUGAGGUGUGUGAUUGGUUCUCCUGUGUGUGCACUGGCACUUGAGCUCACUGUCUCGCAAGACUGUUCUUUUAGUCGUCCAUCAGCAAGGACCUGGGGGUCUGUAGGUCCUGCCAUCUCGCCCCGUUCACAUGUUGGAGAGUUCAGGUAUUGAGGAGUGCCUGGUAGAUGAGAUGGUGCAGCCAUCUCACUUGUAGGUUUAUACUGGAGAAUAGAAACAGGCCUUCAGUCAUUGGCUGUGCUGGAGAGGAAAUCAUGGUUCCUUUCUUAAACCUCCCGUGUUUUCUCUAAGUAGCGCUUCUUCAUUGAAGAUAUAAUGUGGAGAUACUAAAGGGGAGGCAUUUCUAGUGCUAGAAGGAGGUUAGCACUUAAGAUCAGAUUCAAGAACAUACAGAUCCCGGAUGAACUCAUCGUUUGCGAAUUGAGCAGUGCCAUGAUACGUCAUAAAUUACAACCGGUCAUGGAUAACACACUUUAACCAGUUAGGUGCUAGUUCCUAAGAGACACUCGAAAGGCCAGGUGCUUGCUUGGCUCUGUCUGGUGGAGACAGGCACACUAAAGAAGGGGAAAGGCAGCUUUCCAGAGCUUUGUGUCCAAACUACUGCUGUGGGCGUUAGAGAAGUGUUGAUGAAGAAAUGUAGUAAAGAGCAGACUGGUACUAUAUUUUUAAUUCAACCCUAAACCGUUGGUCAGAAUUGGAGGGACUGUGUCUUCCCUCAUGCUUGCGGUUGACAGAGGCUGUGGUAUUUUAACUGAACUUUGCAGAGCAGUAGGCAUCUCUUAAAGUGACAGAUUUUUUUGAGUAGGCCUGGUAAGAGGCAGAGGGUGUGGGAGGGGAGUCUGGUUUAACUCCUGGCGCCCAAAAGAAAUUCAGUUCUGUUGAGGUAGGUAAUGUUUGAGAGGGGGAAGGGCCAGGGAAGACUUUAGCAUUGCAGUGGUGGUGGUUACAGUUACUCAGUUAUCAGCGAGGGGUGUGCAAGACAGGAAGAUCUAAUAAGAAUGGUCGGAUGUCUUACUGGCACAGACAUCAGAAAGGCAGAAUACUGGCAAGAAAUGAGGGAGAGAGAGAACAACAACUUUUCUUGAGCGCAAAGGUACUAGGCAACUAGGAGCGCGGCUGGGGUUGGCACAGAGAAGAGCUAAUGUGCGGCUGGCAUAGCCUCGGUGACCCAGCGUUCUUUUAGAUAAGGGCCUGUCCUGCUGGAACUGGAGCCAAGGGCAGACAACCUGUGGAGGCUGAAGACUUGGAUGAAGUCAGACGCUGGGGGAGGGAGUUCAUAAGAGGACGGGGUUGGUGUAAGCCAGGAAGAGCUGCCGUCUUGCUCAGCUCUGCGGAGGGGAGGGCGUGCUAGUGUAUGUGUGAUGGGGCCGGGUGUGAGCACUGUCGGGGAAGGCGUGUGAGUGUGGACAGUUCAACACCUGGACUCUUACUGGCGGAGUGGAACAGUAAUUCUGUGACCAAUAUUAGAAUUACUUCAGGUUUGUAAUUAAAACGGUUCUAUGAUUUGUCUUUAACUACUCACAGAUAAUUGUAAAUUCUGGUUUUAUAAGCCCAAGUUAUUUUACAUUUGCUUUUCCAAAAUGUAUUAAAUUGGAAUUUUGUAAUCCUUUAUAUACAAAAAAGAUGCAACCACUCGGUGUGUGUUUCUCUUCCCCUUCUUAGUCAGCAUACCCAGUCCUUAGGUUUUACUUUAGGUUCAUUUAAUCAGCAGGUAGCCUCUUCUGACUUCUGAUUCUCUAAAGAUAAUCUGCAUAUCUUCCUAGAGAAUAAAGAAGUAGCACUUCCUUGGGAACUAGCUAGUGGUAGUUACAGUUCCCAAAUGAGUAGUCUUUCAUGUGAAAAGCUGUUAUCAUUUGAGUACUCAAAAGAGAAGGCGGAGUGCCCUUUGAUUACCAUUAGAAGCCAAGAAAGACUGUUUUUAGAAGGAAGCCUUCUGUCCUUGGGGAGAGACUUCCCAGUGCCACAGGUUCAGCUCAGCGGCAGAGAGGCCCGGAAUACUCGGCAGGGCAGGCUGGGGAAUGGACGCUUCUGUAGCCACUCUGUCCUCCUGGAGAUCCCUGUGUUCUUGGUCCUGGAAACAACCUGUUCCAGAGUCCUUUUGCCUAAACUACUGUAGAAUUGAGGCUGCAACUGUCGAGGUGUGUUUAAUCCCCAAAUUCUUCAUGGUAAGUAUCUUCCCCAGCAAGGCAGGUGGCACUGAUUGAAUUAAGAUCAAUUUGGAAGUGCGUCUUGUGUUUUUGUCUGCAUUCAGUACAUACAGUUUUUAAGUGGAGGAUCCAGAUAUGUAAAACUUUUUCUCCGCUUUAUUUCCCACCUGGUUUUGUAAAUGAUUUCUGAGGGCAAUAGGUAAAUGAGUUGUUGGCUUGGGACAAAUGAAGUUUGCAGCUGUGCUUGAUGUAAUAAGCCGAGUCUCUCGUUGUCUGUCAAGGUGCCUUCCUCUGCUGAAGCCUUACCUCCUCACAGCCCGGCCUCUUCUCGCCCAGCGACAUCCACUCUUCUCUUGUGUAUAUGCAAAUAAACCUGUUACUCACUU